GAGGGGAACCCCCAAUUUCUCUUCAAUAACCUGUCACAGUCUCCUAUUUAUACCCAUUACUCAAAAUGGACAGACUCUCCCAAGUAUCUUCUCACUUGAACCCCUCGCAUACCGGUGUUGUCAAGCUUCAACAAAAACAUGAGUCGGACGUGGUGAUUGUGUCCGCGUACAGAACUGCCAUCACUAAAGGAGGUAGAGGUAAAUUCAAGGAUGCCGCCACUGAGGACUUAUUGGUAGGGCUAGUCAAGGCUACGCUUGAGAAACUCCCUCACUUUGACCCAGCAUUGAUCGAGGACGUGGCCAUUGGUAACGUUUUAAAUCCCGCUGCCGGUGCCGGUGCUCAUAGAGCCGCACUUCUCGCAGCUGGGGUUCCGUACACUGCUCCCUUUGUUGCUGUCAACCGAUGGUGUUCGUCGGGCUUGAUUGCAGUUAACGAUAUCGCCAACAAGAUCUACGCUGGCCAGAUCGAGAUUGGCUUAGCGGGCGGGGUGGAAUCCAUGUCCACCUUUUACGGGCCAGACAUUGUGCCAAAGUUCUCUGAUGCAAUCCUCUGCCACGCGGAAGCUUCCAAAUGUAGUAUGACGAUGGGGGAAUCGAACGAGCUCUUGGCAGAAACCUACGGGAUUGACAGAGCCGCGCUGGACGCCUACGCUGCUGCCUCUUUUAAUAAAGCCGAAAGAGCCUUUUCCCAAGGAUUCUUCAAGGACGAAAUCCUUCCGCUUCAGGUGGAAAUCGAGGUGGAAAGUGAAACCGACGGGGAGGAUGGUGUCAUGACGACCGUGACCGUUGAUGCCGACGAGGGCCCUCGCAAAAAUGUUACCGCGGAGUCGCUUGGCAAACUCAGGCCUGCGUUUGACCAGCACGGAACCACCACCGCCGGAAACGCCUCGCAGGUAUCCGACGGUGCCGCUAUCGUGUUGAUGAUGCGUCGCUCAAUCGCCAACAAGUUGAAGAUGCCGAUCUUGGCGAAAUACGUGGUGACGGCCGUUUGCGGUGUCCCCCCAGAGCUCAUGGGGGUAGGGCCAGCAGUCGCUAUUCCUAAGGUGUUGGCCCAAACGGGAAUCAGUGGAUCAGAGGUGGCGGUGUUUGAGAUCAACGAGGCCUUCGCAGCGCAGGCGUUGUAUUGCAUCGAACACUUGGGCUUAGACAAGGCCAAGGUGAACCCCCGGGGCGGGGCAAUUGCUUUGGGCCACCCCUUGGGGGCCACUGGGGCCCGACAGAUUGCCACCAUUAUACGUGAGUUAAAGACGGGGGAAAUCGGGGUCACGUCAAUGUGUGCUGCCACCGGAAUUGGCGCAGCGGCUGUGUUUGUUAAGGAGUGAAGGGUAUCUCUGAGGUUGGCUCGGCCCAUCUGGGAUGAAUUAGUAGCUAUGCGGUGACCCCUUUGGACCUUUACUUGCUCCCCAGUACUUUGACCUGGUUUAACUUUCCCGGGAUUAAAUAGAAUGUUUUAAUUUCGAAUGAAUACCCUCUUAGGAAA